UCCUAUCUUUCUAGGCUUUCAUAGUGUAGAGUUCUCUAUGGCUCACACUUUUUUCUUUGCUACUUCUCUCUUCGCUGUUCUUGCUAGCGUUGUUCUAGCGACCAACACCUCAUGUUUCCCAGGCGAUGCCACCGUCCAAAUGUAUAACGGCGACCUCAAACUCAUGAGAGAUCUCAAAGUUGGAGACAAGGUUGCAGUGAGCAAAAACGUGUUCUCGGAUGUCUACGCAUUCGGCCACAAGGACGCCGAUGUGAUCUCCGAGUUCAUCCAGGUCCACACCGCCUCAGACAUGAUCGAGCUUAGCGAGGGCCACUUCAUCCCAGUCGACGCCAAGGGAAAGCUUGUGUACAAGCGAGCCAAGGAUCUCCAGGUUGGAGAAACUCUCUGGGGAUCAUCUCAAAUCACUGAACUUGCCAAGGUGGAGAAGCUGGGUCUCUACAACCCAUUCACUCUCUCCGGCAACAUCAUGGUUAACAACGUGGAGGCUUCCUCUCACAGCGAGUGGUUCCUGGACUCCCUCUUUGAUGCCAUUGGUGCAACUGAGUACCUCCCAUACGCAUACCAGGCCGUGCUCGCUCCACUUCGCGCCAUCUACAACAUCGUCAGCAAGGAAAUCUACGCAGAGGGCUAUGCCGCCAUGGAUUCCUGCGUCAACUUUGCUGAGUUUGGAGCCAAGUAUGGAGGAAGCAUUGCUCUCACCGUUGGAAUCGCUGGAGUUGCAACAGCAAUGCUGGCCACCAAAGCUUGAGCAAAAAUCAGGAGUAAAUAAGAGUGAAAUUAUCACAAUCCAGAUCAGGUCAAUGUAAAUCUCCAGAACAAGAACGAAAGAAAUGAGCGAAGGAACUGUGUGAUGUCAAACAAAAGCUUCAUUUCAUGACAUGCAUCACAAAGAUGCAUAGAUGUUUUCCAAGUUUCUCAAGUGUUAAGAAAAAAGGGGGAGAGCGAGAGAAGUGCCAGCCAACAGAUCACACACACAAGCAAAAAAGAAGAGCACGAGAGGAAACGAGAGAGUUAAGAAGAA